GUAGAUGGGGAGAGAAUGGCCACUGGUUGCCGUCUGAAAAAGUACGAUUGUCAGUUUACUGCGGGUAGGAGAGUUUUUCUUGUCAAAACCAUCUGAACAGCUUCGGAGGCCGAGGCCAUCAGCCAUUGCUGAUCUGGGACGCUUGGCUUGAAGCUUGUUCAUGGGAAAGGACUUGGAAGAUUUCUGGUUUGACCGCUGCUCAGCUGACCUUUUCUAGGACGGACAGUGGCCCUACUGGUAGUCUCCGAUUGCCUCAGUGUCUUCACAACAACUCCGGAUUUCUGACCUUACAAAUUGAAGUGUUGGAUCAACUAGUUACUGUGGCCCGAGAAGCUGACAUGAUUACAAACGUUGGGCCCACACGUUAUGGACAUAUUAGCUGCUGAACAUCAGUAUUUGUGUUGGUUCAGAAGAUUCAAGAAACAAUGAAAUCAUCUGAAUGGCACGGUCUGUUGUAGACCGUCUUCAAUGUGAAGGAAAGAACCAUGAACCAUAACAUGGGGACCCACCCAAUCGUCAGUGAUACAUCGCAGGGGUCCUCAAACCAUGCUAUACAGUCCACAGUGAGCACCAUGCCCAACCAAGCUGCCUACCUCGCCGCCGCCUUCAACAAUGCCGCUGACUCAUACAAUGGCCAGUUUGCUGUCUUCGAUUCUAAACCGUCCUACGUACCUCAUAUAUCCAAAGAGACCCACUUCAAAACUGACCGGAAAAACGCUGUCUGGGAUAUUGCUGGCUAUGCUCAACUGUAUGAUGUUCACUGUGGAAUGUAUUCGGUGACGAGUCCCACAAACCUGUCCCCCUCUCCUCCCCCUCCUCCUCGGAUCUACAAGCCUUGUGUUGUCUGUAAUGACAAGUCCUCCGGCUACCAUUAUGGCGUCAGCUCCUGUGAAGGAUGCAAGGGCUUCUUUCGUCGCAGUGUCCAAAAGAAUAUGCAAUAUACUUGUCACAAGGACAAGAACUGCCCGAUCAACAAGGUGACCCGCAACAGAUGCCAGUACUGUCGUUUGCAGAAAUGUUUUGCUGCAGGAAUGUCAAAAGAAGCUGUUCGCAAUGAUCGGAACAAGAAGCGCAAAGUCAAACCAGAGUGCACCAGCAGUCCCAAUGAGGACUUGACCGGCGAUGACCAGAAUCUUAUACAGGAUAUUCUGGACGCUCACAGAGCAACAUUCAUAUCGGACAUGGAGGAUAGUCCGGAAUCGCCAUCCUUGAAACCACGUGAAGAGGAGGACAGUGUUAUAUUAUGGGAGAGAAUUAGUGAAUUAUCCUCAGAUGGUAUUGUGAAAAUUGUGGACUUUGCCAAGAAACUCCCUGGCUUCUCAACACUUUCACAGUCGGAUCAAAUUACAUUACUAAAGGCAGCAUGUUUAGAAAUUAUGAUAUUGCGACUGAGCGCACGUUAUGAUGCAGCCCUCGACUCCAUGGUGUUCAUGAAUGGGGUGACGUUAAACAAGGAUCAGCUACAGCAAGGAGGGUUUGGCAAUCUCACAGGGACUAUCUUCAGCUUUGCUGCUUCACUUAAAGCUAUGAGCACAGAUGAAACAGAGUUUGCAAUCCUGUCAGCCAUAUGCUUGAUCAGCGGAGAUCGCUCAGGGUUACAAGAUACAGAGAAAAUUGAGCAGAUGCAAGAGCCAUUACUGGAGGCAUUGAAGCAUUACACUCGCUCUCGGAGGCAGGAACAGCCGCAUAUAUUCGCCAAACUCCUCAUGAAGCUAACUGAUCUCCGAAGUAUAAGUGUUAAAGGUGCUGAACGGGUAUUACAUUUACGACUAGAGAUGCCAGGAGAAUUGCCUCCAUUGAUAUUAGAAAUGUUAGAUAGAGCUGAGAAUGUGUGUAUUCCUUGACUACGGCUUUAUGCUUAGUUUAAAUUACAGACAAUUUGGUGAUACAUAUUGGCCAGUUCUUUCUAAAAGAGGUCACAUUGCCAUACAGCAUCUUUAACAUUAAAUAUGUGAUCAUUUCUUUCCAAGAAAGACUACAAUAAGUAAUACAACCAAAAGGGAGGAAACUCUUGGGAGAAUGGAAUGAAGGGAGAUGACUCUUCCAUCACAUAGGAAAGUGGUUUCAUUGGCUACAUCCAGAAGUGUUCAAGUGAGCGAUUAGUAAAGGAGAGAACUGUCACCAAUCAAAGGGAAGCAACUCCUUACUGGAUGCAAACAGCACACGGACAACCAAAGUGUUAUGACAGCAAAUGAGUGAUAUACUAUGGAGAGACAUAAGAUUGUUGCCUGUCAUAUCAAGGGAGGUAACUCCAAUGACACAUAACUCGAGUGAUUUGCUGCUGGUGAUGAGAUGAUACCUGGUGAUGAGAAUUGGAGAGGAAGUCAUGUGUUUUCAUGAGAUUAUUUUUGUGUCUGGUUCGGAAACCAGUGACUAUCGGUAUCAAUGCCAUAUGCUUUGGUUUUACCCAGUUUUGUGCUAGUUUGACAUGAAGAUUAUAGGAACUUUGAAGUUAAAGAUCGCGAUAAGCUCUAAAGUUCAUUGAAAAUAAUAUUGCUCUUUAUUUUUUACCACAAAGUUGUUUGACUCAAAGUCAUGAUAUGCCAUGGCAUUGGUUUCUGUUAUAAAGUGUAACCAAGAUAUUUCUUCAAAUUCUCUUUUGAAUUCUGGAAGAUGUACAUGUUUUUAACAUACAAAUUUGAACUCCUACUUCUGUGUUUAGAUAAAGGAGGUGGGUUAAAGUUGGGAGGGUUGAUUACUACUAAGUGUUUUGUCCUCAUUUACAAUUUUAUUACUAUUUUUUGGUUGGAGUCACAAAAAAUAGGAUCAUUUAUAAAGUACCCUUUUACUUAAGCUGACACAUACAGCCACGAUUUAUGCCAAAUUGGAAAAAUUUUAAGCCAUGAUAGUUAAUAUAUUAUAUAAACAGGGGGAUUAUUUAAUCCCAUAUUUAAAAAAAAAAUUGAAGGACCAUUGUUGUAGACUUAGGACUGAAUAUCGGCUCCUGAGCUUGAGUAGAUAAACCCUGGCCACCUUCAGACAUUGCAAAUAUUUCCAAUAAUAAUUUUUUUCUUGUACACAUGAAAUACAAAAUUCAUAUCAAAUGAAGGUUAUGUUUAGAUCACAACUGUAGUAAGAUCCCGACUUCUGUAAAACAAAGAAUCAGAGAGAAUAUUAAUGUGCAAAACAGUCCCUCUUAUAAGUUGACUCAAGUUUUCAAACAAAUCUACUGUGUUACCAUUUAUGUUGUUUGCAUAUUUGGAAAAACAAGAUAUUAAGAUGUUAAAAGAUUCAAGAUGAGUUUUAUUUGACUAUGACACCAAAUCAGUCCAAAAAUAUUUAAAAACCAUUGUGAGGUGAGUCAGCUCUUUUUAGAAUUGCCCUUUGAUUACUGGGUUUAGUAUGUUUUUAAUAUUUCAGUUUGAUUAAUUUCACUUCUUAAAUUGUGACAAAUCUUGCUUAAAAGUGCUACAAUCUGGCAAAGGAAUGUGACAUGGAUUUUUGUGUGUACAGAGAAAGUUUCAUUGUUUCAAACUAUCUCAGGGUUUAUGUAAAGGUGUACGUGCUGUCCUUGUCUAGCAGACUGUGUACUCAAGGGAUGUAGAUGCUAGUGGUUGUCCAUUACCUAUACGCAGAUCACUUACACCAUCAUUGUAAAGCAUGUUGAAAGAUGAUUCAGUUCAAAAAUAUGUUCCAUAACAGUAUGAAUGAAGGAAUGAUUAACAGUAGUUUAAGUAGUUUGAAUGAAUUUAUCAAAAUGAUGAAAAAUACCUAAAUAUUUAAAAAGUGAGAUAAAUAUUCAUAUUCUAGGGGGAGAGUGAAUAUUUUAAAACUAGAAAUGAUAAUUUGCUUAUUUUCUUUUCCUUUGUACAAAGGUGUUGCUAGGCAUUCUAUCAUAUUUCAAUUGCCUUAUUUAUUUUCCAUUUUGCCUUCAUGUUCCAUGACCAAAGUAGGGCAUUUUUCUUCACGAAAAUGAUUUGUUAUAAGUAUGAUAUGUCAUUUCUUAUGUACAUCAAACUCAGGAAGUAUACCUUUGCCAAUUAUUUUCAAAUCAAUCAUAAUCAAGUUAAAAUGAAAUUUUGAUUGUGAACAUUCAAGGCCAUGGGACAUGGUGUUGUUUUGUUCAGAUAUUGGGAAGAUAGCUAUACAAUUUUUCCCAUAUGUCAGUGAAAUAAAGAAAUUAGUGUCAAAUGUUCAAUGGAAUGAGUGGAAGUGACACCUUGGGCUGUGGUUGAUGAAGAGGCUAUUGGAGGGGAUGUCUGUCUGGCUUGCUAGCUGGCUUGGUGUGAGUUAACACCCAAAGCAUGAUUCAUUCAACAGCCAUACAGCCAUGGCUGCAAGGAGUCACUGUGGUAAUAGUCCAGGCAUCCCAGCAUUUCUAUGAUUCCUAUGACUUCCUAUAUUUUUAAAUUUCCUUUAUAUUUCCAAAUAAUUUACACUCUAUCCCUAUAAUUCCUAUAUUUUUAUGCCACUACUGACUUCUGAGAAAUCAGUGCUUUAGAUUUUAUUUUGUACGCUCAAAGAGAAAAGCUAGUGAUGCAUUCCUGUCAUAAGUCUGCACUGAAGUUUGGUAUCCAGCCAUAUCACCCACAUCAAGUCCACCACCCAGUCUGACAUUCAUUUAGAAGCAAGAUUUGAACUGCUAAGUACUUGAACGGACUGAUAUUGCUCAUAUCGCUGCUUCCAGUGCAGAGAAUGUCAGGAAAGAUAGAGUAUGUACUUUGGCAAUUAACAAACCCGAUAUCUCAGUCUGCACAACUUUUCAUCAUACAGCUCGAAUUUUAGUUGUAAGUCAAGGUUAAAUUCUACCAACCAACCCCCAAACCACCCCACCCCACCCCCCUAUUUUUUUGGCAAAGGUGUCUGGGAUGCCUGAUAGUCACAUUUGAGAGGGCUAGGUGACAUUUAAGACGUGUUCACCACCUACAGUUGGAAUAGUGUCUUUGUGUGUUUGCCAGGCUGGGUUGUGGUUGUAAAACUUUAAACGAAAAAUACUUUUAAGCGGUUAAUAACUUUUGGUUAACAAUUUUUUAUCCUCCUGGGCAAUUGAAGCAUUCCUCCUAACAAAACAUUAACUAUGUAAAUCAGAUGAAAUCAUGUUUAUUUAAACCAACCCAAUUCCUCAAAAGUCUAAAUCAAAAGAUUAUGAGGUGUCUCAACCAUCAUUGUAUAGCUGAAAAACUGCUGAUGCCCGUGAAAAACCUUAAUCCCUCAGAUGUUGUUGUAUAAUGUUUAUUAUGUUUGAUGACUGCUGUUGAUUAUUAUAAAACCCGGUAGAUUGAAAAUUCGUGAUACAGUUUUGAAUCAGUCAUAAUAAAUUGAACCUAAUUAAUGUUAGUCUUUUGAGAAAAUUCAAUGAGAAUAAUCAAACCAUUUUUUUUUAAUAGUUAUUAAAUAGAAAUAAAUUCCAUUUUCAAAUUUCAGAUAUUCCUCCUAAUUCAAGUUCGAAUAUCAAAGUUUCGGACAAUACUUUGGCAGUAAAAUAUUAGUUUCAUGAUUCUGGCUUUGUAAACAUUACUGAACUAGGCAAUUUGAAUCCGGUGCUUUCACAGCUUGAAUGAAAGACACAAUAUUGGAAAUGUGGAAGUUAUCUUGAAAUACCAUAUUUCACAACUUUGUAUUCAAAAUAUUUUAGCUUCAUUAUUUCAGACUCUAAUAAUUGAUUAUAAAUUGUAAACAUUUCCAAUAUUGUGCCCUGGGAAAUUAAAUUUGUAUAGAUUUUGAGAAUGUAUAUGUAUAUUCUUAUGUAGCAAUACAAUUAAUACCUGUGACAUUGAUUUGAUUUAAAGAUGACUAUUGAAUGAUUCAUGAUGUAUUUAAUAUUUUUAGAGUUCACACAUAUUUACUAGUUUCCUGUUAUUGUUUUAUAGAAAUAUUUCAUCAUUAUAUUUGCUUAUGAUGCAACAGUGCAUAUUUUAUGUCAUUACCAACUUAUUAGAUUGCAAAUUGCAAAGUACUAUUAAUGCAAUUUUGCUAGUUUGACUAUUUGCAAGAUUUCAUGUCCGAUUUCUUUUUUUUAUUUGUAUAUUUCUCAGCAUGUUCAUGAAAAUGGGUCCUAAUGGCCAUUUGCUGGAGUAUUGUACUAGUCACAAAAAACUACCUCAGUUAUGAUUGGACUAUGCAAAUAUUGAACAGCUUCUCUACAAUUCUUUAUGUGGAAAGGUUUUCUCAUACAGUCAUUGUAGGUACUGGUGGUCAAGCAUUACCUAGUUUUGACAAGAUUAUUUUAAACCAUUCUGAAUGUUAUGAAAUGUGUUGCGACUAAAGGACAACUCAACUACUACCAUAUACUGUACAGAAGAACACAGAUGAGCCAGUGCUGUACAGUUUCAUGUGCAGAGUUGUGUCCCUUAGUUGUGCCAGGAUCUGUUAAUUGUUGGUUCAAUUUCCAGAUUCGUCCUGAUUAUGAUUUCUUGAUUUUAUCAGUAUCAUACCCCUUGCUGUUGGUGUCACCGAAGUUGUAAAUGUCUAGGAUAUAGAUAUGUAGAUGUCUAGGAUGUAGAGAAGGGUACAUUAAUUAAACACACAGUUCAAAACCUAAAACUGACUGACCACCAGUGCCAGAUGCCAACCAGAUAAUUCAGUCUUUGAUAAUGUGGAAUUCAAUGCUUUCAUCAGAAACCUUAAAAUGGAUCAAGUUGCCAAUAUCAACGAACCUUGUUAUCUCUGGGUGGAAGGGAACGGUGAUAAACUUGGUCAUUUACUGGGCAUCAUGACAUAGGUGACGAGGCCAAACAUCAGAUUUGUUUUAAUGAGAACAUUAAUAGCCAGUUAAUAAGUGUGAGAAGCAUGAUUGAAAAUCAGUAGUAUAUCUAUGUGUAACCAAAUUUCUGAUUGCCCCCAAACCAAGAUGGCUUCAACAUUUUAUAUAUCAAUUGUGAAUCAUUGUUAUGGACUCCUAGGAUUGAGAUAGUAGCAGUACUAAAAAUAUUUUUUGACAAAAUGAACUGAAAUAGACAAUACUUUUCUGUUGUUGUUUGACCUUGCCAUUGCAUCAUGGGAUAAUAGCAUGAUGUCACAGAACACCCACAUC